AGGCCUGGACGGCAAGAUGGCGGCGCGGGCAGCGCUGUGCUCCAUGUGCCGGCGUCUCUGGCAGGGUUCAAGGAAUUUUUCUAUAAACAGUUCUAAGAGCAGUACAGCCAGAAAUGGUGGCUUUCUCCUCAGUACCAGUAUGAAAUGGGUACAAUUUUCAAACCUACACGUUGAUAUUCCCAAGGAUUUGACCAAGCCUACGAUAACCAUUUCUGAUGAACCAGAUACAUUAUAUAAGCGCCUAUCAGUUUUAGUAAAAGGCCAUGAUAAGGCUGUAUUGGACAGUUACGAAUAUUUUGCCGUGUUUGCUGCAAAAGAACUUGGUAUCUCUAUUAAAGUACAUGAACCUCCAAGGAAAAUAGAGCGAUUUACUCUUCUCAAAUCAGUGCAUAUUUUCAAGAAGCACAGAGUUCAGUAUGAAAUGAGAACACUUUACAGAUGUUUAGAGUUAGAACAUCUAACUGGAAGUACAGCAGAUGUCUACUUGGAAUAUAUUCAGCGUAAUUUACCUGAAGGAGUUGCCAUGGAAGUGACAAAGACCAAACUAGAACAGUUGCCAGGACACAUCCAGGAGCCAGUCUGGGAAACGGUACCAGAAGAAAAAGAAGGCACGUCCUAAAGUCUCAGCGAGUCCACUAGUGCCAGCAGACACAUAUGUUGUUGAGAUAGAGAGGCCUCCAGUCGGGGUGACCGUGAGUCCACCUGACUGCUCCGUUGAGCCCACAUGCGCCCACAGGCCCUGAGCAGCUCACAGCCAGGGGCAGAAUUUUAAUGACACACUGGACUAGAGUGAAAAACCACUUGACCUUUUCUUCUGUACACAUCAUCAUUUCAGUUAUGAUUUUAACAAAUGUGAGCAAACCACUUUGACUACUGUGCGCCAAGAGAAUCGAGUUUAUAUUUUGUUCUUCUCUUACUGUUCAAUGAUGAGUUCGCACUGAUUUUAAUUUGUAUCAUUUCAGCUGAAAGUGAAUCUUUUGAAAUAUUCCUUAUGUACAUUUUCCCUUUUGAGCCACCUGGAAGUUCGAACGUUCAGUUGAUUUGAUUAACACCGAACAGUUAAAGUUCUUCGUAUUUACCUCAGUGCAAGCGGGCAAAUGUUAGUGUGGGGAUGGUAACCUCCAAAUUUUACCUCAUUUAAGUGUGACAUUCUUGAACAUGAAUAUACUGUGCAGCAUCUCACGCACAUUUGUGGCAUGCACUGAACUCCUCUUGUUGCCCAAACCCUUACCAGGCCGCCUAGAAGGAUCACUGUUAAGGAAUUUGAGCUCUCGAGAAAUUACUGUAUCACUUUUUUCAUCCUGUGAUUCAUUCACUCAGCAGGCUUUUAUUUUGUUAGCUCUGUAACCAGCACUGUAGAAAAUACCGAACAUUGAAUGGAUAUAAUGGCUUUUGAAAACUGAGCAGGGCACAAAUAUUUUUCCUUAUUAAACCCCACGGUGAUAAGGCCUCUUUCCUUUGGUAAAUGGCAUUCUUUCUGUUUGGAGAGGUCUAUUUUUCCGUGAAAUUAAAUCGAAGUUAAAGGCCUGAAAGAGGCAAGGCUACAAUGUGCUGCAACUGCAGGUAUGUCAACCCCAAGGGAGUGAUUCGUUUCUAUUUACAGCACAAUUGGGCCCAUGUCUUUCUGCAGUUCCCGUCACGUCUUCAGGGUCGUUAGGACUUCUCAGUUUUUCCCCCUUAAACCGGCGUCCCGGUUCUCUUUUCCCUGAAGCUCUGUCAGGUAUCACCGUUCUGCAUGCAUGCUGCUUAUGGGUCAGACCUACAGUACUGUCCUCAACAUGGAAAGAGUUACAGCCUUGUGCCCUGUGACCUCACUCAGGUCCCAGCUCAGUUGUUGACGGUGUCAUUCACAAAUGCCUAAAGCAUGCUUAUCCCAGGUAUAAGCUUCGGGAUUAAGAACUAGUCGAUAAAACAAGAGCAAUAUAACGGAACUGUAUCUAGCAAAGCGGCAAUCUGUGACCCAUUUUUACUUUAAAAGAAAUACUUUCUUAAUUAUAGAUCACUUAAAUCUUUGUUUUAUAAACAAUAUUAAUCACUGUAUCAUAAGAUGAUUUAUGCAAACUCGCCUCCAGUGACUCUCUGUGAGCUCCUUUCAAGGUGUGCAUCCACUUCGAGCUGUUUUCAGACUAAAGCAGUCUAUAAACCCAGAUUACUUAGCACUUCAAAUUACAUAUUUUAAAAUCUUGUUUUAAGGUGAAUAUACAAAUAAACUACAUACCUAACAAAA